AUGGAUUGUGUCGAGUAUUUGAUUUCGUGUGAAAUAUUGCGACAAAUCUUAGAAAGUGUUCAGUAUUUGCAUGAAUUGAAUCCACAAAUCAUUCACAGAGACCUCAAACCCGAAAACAUAUUGAUUGCUGAAAAUUUAUGUGACUUUGGUUUGGCUACAGUCCUUGACAAACGGAUUCAUUACCAGACAAACAAUAAACACACCGCAGAUGUCGGUGACAUGAGAUAUAUGGCCCCAGAAGCCACAACUAUAUUCAACAACUAAUACAGACCUAAACACACCGGUACUUAAAUUGAAGCAAACAUUGAAAUCAAUGGUUAACCUGGAAU